GGGGGGCCCCCGGCCUGUACCAGCGGUGCCCAAGGGGGCCCCCCCACCUUUUUCACCUGCUCGCGGGGGGCCCCCGUCUUGUUCGGGGUCCCCCGCCUUCCUUUCCCACUCGCAUGCAAGGAGGGCUCCUGUCGCGUACAUCGCUCCGCGCCCGCAACAGGGGAAACGCAGCGGGGGCCCGCCGCGCAGUCGGCCCCGCUGCCGCAGGCAGGGAGCUCGCCCUGGUGUCCUUCCGUCCCAAGCGGCAACACAUUCAUGGGGCCCGUGCGGCUGAAGUGAACCAGUAGCGCCGUCUAGGCCUCUGCGUGGGGUCAACCGCAAAGACGCGGCCGAAGUGAGCCAGUAGUGCCGCGUAGGCUUCUGCGCGGGGUCAACCACAAGUAAGCGGCUGGAGCAGGGCAGACGUACGCACAGGCCCGCGAAUAACGCCUGAACACAGGGCGACGGUGACGUGGGACGGCGGGC